AUGCCAGCAGGACCUGUUAAACGUAGAAUACUUAUUUGUGGCGGUGGUAAUGGAGCACACUGUUUAUCUGCUCUCGCAGCUUCUCGUGAGAAUUUGGACGUCAAUGUUUUAACACUGUUUCAAGACGAGGCUGAGAGAUGGACAAAACUUUUGGAAGACAAUGAUUUAAAAAUCUCUGUGACUUACAACGAUGGCAACGAAUCAGAAAUUCAUUCCAAACCAUCGAUUAUCACAAAAGAUCCUGCAAAAGCCGUGGAAGGAGUUGACAUAGUUUUCCUCGUUGUCCCUGCAUUCGCUCAUGCACAAUAUUUUACAACUAUGACACCUUACCUACAGCCAAAUACGUUAAUAGUGGGAUUACCAGGUCAGGCAGGAUUCGAGUUUCAAUGCAGGAGUAUGUUGGGCAAAAAGGCAAGUACCUGCACUAUUGCGUCGCUUGAAUCCUUACCAUGGGCAUGCCGAAUAUUAGAGUUUGGAAAGCAUGUACAAAUUCUUGGUUUUAAGGAAUCACUAGGAAUGUCCUUUUUAACUGGUAGCGAAUGUAAUCUUUCAUUUCCAGUCGUAGAAACAGUUCAGGAAAUUCUUGGAGAAAAGCCAAAAAUUCAAGUUAUUCAAAAUUAUAUAGCAGUUAAUUUAAUGGCAAAAUCUAUUAUUCACCCGCCAUUGUUAUACGGUAAAUGGGGAGACUGGGACGGAACCCCAGUACCCGAAAAACCUUUAUUUUAUCAAGGUGUUGACGACAGGCAGGCAGAACUAUUGUCGAAAGUCAGUGACGAAGUACUAGCAACUGCAAAAGAACUUGAGAAAUUAAGGAACAGAUGUGAUAUGUCAGAAGUAAUUCACAUCUUUGAUUGGUACAAAAUUUAUUAUAAAGAUCAGGUUUCGGACAAAAGUUCUUUAAUGAUGGCAAUGCGAACAAAUAAAGCAUAUGAUGGACUUGUACACCCAAUGACUUCUACUGAGGAUGGGAAAUUUGUUCCCGAUUUUACUUACCGUUAUACAUCAGAAGAUGUACCAUUUGGUCUUGUAGUAAUGAAGGGGAUUGCUGAAAUUGCAGGAGUUGAAACACCAACAAUUGACACAAUCAUUGCAUGGGCACAGAAAAAGCUUGACAAAGAAUACAUUGUUGGUUCGGAACUUACUGGGAAAGAUAUCGCUUCUGCAAGAGCUCCUCAAUCCUAUGGCUUGCAUACUAUAGAUGAACUUUUUAACAUGUAAUGUUGUUAAAAUUAAUUCCUUUUUCAGGAUAUGUUUGAGCUCAGGAAAAUGC